AAUGCCGAGCUCAGUGCUUCUCGGUGCUGACACGUCCUUCCAGAUAAGAAGAUUACGUUUUUAUGUUACUCUGAGUCUCAAAUUCAAACAUGAAAAGAGAAGGCAUUAAAGGACGGCUGUUCUGACCGCUUCCUCCACAUUGGCUCUGCAAUGUAUCAGACGUUACGGACGUCUUUACUAUCAAGUGCCCGGUGCUGGGAUGCCAACAGUCACCAGUCAUACCAGACACUGUUUGACCGGCUCGACACCAACAAAGAUGGGAAGGUGGACGUGGCCGAGCUGCGGGAGGGCCUCAAGGCGAUGGGGAUAUUCCGGCACGGAGCGGCACAGGAGAUCGUGUCAUCCGGUGACCAGAACAAGGACGGCUGUUUGGACUUCAACGAGUUCACCAAAUACCUGAAAGAGCACGAGAUGAAGCUUUGGCUGACUUUCAAGAGUCUGGACAGAAACAACGAUGGGCGCAUCGAUGCCUCCGAGAUCCAGCAGUCGCUUGCAGAGCUCGGCAUAAAUCUCAGCAAAGAGGAUGCCCGGAAAAUCUUGCACAGUAUGGACAUCGACGGGACCAUGAUGAUUGACUGGAACGAGUGGCGAGAACACUUCCUACUGUGUCCAGCCCACAACCUAGAAGAGAUCUUUCGCUAUUGGAAACAUUCCUCGGUACUGGACAUCGGCGACAGCCUUGCCAUCCCGGAUGAGUUUACAGAGGAAGAGAAGAGCUCAGAUGUCUGGUGGAAGCAGCUCGUCGCGGGUGCUUCUGCGGGGGCGGUCUCUCGCACCGGUACGGCCCCACUGGACCGGCUAAAAGUCUUCAUGCAGGUUCAUUCUUCCAAAACAAACCGUAUAGGCCUGACAGGGGGUUUGAGGCAGAUGAUCGCAGAGGGGGGUCUGACUUCACUGUGGAGAGGAAAUGGAAUCAAUGUUCUGAAGAUCGCUCCUGAGACUGCCAUCAAAUUCAUGGCAUAUGAACAAUAUAAGAAGUUGUUGUCAUCAGAGGGAAAGAAGAUUGAGACCCAUAAGAGAUUUAUGGCUGGCUCCAUGGCUGGGGCAACAGCACAGACAGCCAUCUACCCUAUGGAGGUCUUAAAGACUCGCCUGACCUUGAGGAAAACUGGCCAGUAUGCAGGGAUGUUUGACUGUGCCAAGAAAAUCCUGAAGAAGGAGGGCGUCAUAGCUUUCUACAAGGGCUACAUUCCAAACCUGCUGGGGAUCAUUCCUUACGCCGGGAUAGACCUCGCCGUGUACGAGACUCUAAAGAACGCCUGGUUGUCGUAUUAUGCCAAAGACUCAGCUAAUCCUGGAGUUCUGGUGCUGCUGGGCUGUGGGACCAUCUCCAGUACGUGUGGUCAGCUGUCCAGCUAUCCGCUCGCACUCGUACGCACACGGAUGCAGGCACAAGCAUCUCUGGGUUCGUCAGAGCAAGUUUCCAUGACUGGCCUGUUGAAGACGAUUGUAGCCAAAGAUGGCUUAUUUGGACUCUACAGGGGCAUCCUGCCAAACUUCAUGAAAGUUAUUCCAGCUGUCAGCAUCAGCUAUGUGGUUUACGAGUACAUGAAGACAGGCUUGGGAAUCUCUCAUUGAUACUGCAUAUGACUACAAAGAACAUUCACUGUAUUUAUAAGACUUGAAGAUGUAAGAAAAAAUUCUAAAGGACCAAAAAAAAAGCUAACAAAGCAUGAUUUUAUUGGUGGAUGGAAUGAAAGCUGUAUGUGUAAGACUUGCCUGCCAGUAGUUACAGUAUAUUUUAAAUCAGUUGUGGUGCGCAUGCUUUCAUUUUUACCUCGAGGUUGCACAUGAAACACUCCUUUCCAACUGAGUCUUAAACAAUGUUUAAUCCAUACAGUUCUAUAGAUAUAAAUAGUUUAAGAGUCAUUUGUUUAUGCUGCGUUUCUAUUUUAAAGACCCACUCCGAUCAUCAUGUGAGAUAUUUUGAAAGUGUUCCAAGUGUAACUAUGACGUUUUUAGCCAAAAACAAAAAACCUAUCGUAUUUUAGAACAUAUUUUCUGCAGCACGGCAGUGGUUCAUUAGAAAUUCCUCUCUAAGUUGUGGGCAGAAACGUUAGUUCGGAGUGAGCCUGCCCCCAUUUCCCCACUAUUCAGCUUUUUACACUCUCUCCCUCGUGCUUACAACCCCUCACACCCCCAACCAAACAGUGGUACAAGAAAAAUGAAUAUUGGACAGUUUUGAGCCAGAUGCCAGGUUGGAUGAGGAAAACAAAGACGUACAUGGACCUAUUUGUCUUUAAGUGGCUGUGUUGGAAUGGAGCGGAGCCGGGAGCUUGUUGCCUAGUCAUUGUAGUUUCUUCGUAACAAAUGGUAUCUUUCUUUUUCAUCUGUUCCUAAUUCACAACAAUUUAAAUUUAGAAAUACUCAGAAAUGCCAUUUUAAGCUUAAUUUGCUGAAUUUAAGUCCCCCAUCAUCAGAAAAAUGCCACUAGAGCCUGUCAAAAAAUACCAUUUUAAUUGGAGUGGGUCUUUAAGCUUGAUUUUAAAAAACUGUGACACAGCAUUACUUUAGUUAAAAAGACAGACAUCUUUUUGUUGCAGAGUUGGUUGACUCUUGUCCUUUGCUGUGUUUGCUAUGAAAUGUGAAAGGUGACACUGAGUUUUAAGCCCAGAGGCACAACUGAACCCUUAAGUUUCAAACACCUUCCUUAAUGUGACGACAGAAACGCAAAGAUCUAAUCAGCAGCUGUGAGCUUAAGCCAACUGGUCCUCAAAAAAUCAAUGUGUUUCACGACACACCUUCUUGACAUGUGAAAAUGACUAACUCUACAUUCUUCUGGUGGUAAUUUAUGAAAUGUGCCUUAAAGCCUCUUGAUGCAGACCGUGAACAUGAUUUUUUCAAUCUUUAUAAAUAUAUGCUGUAUUUAUGUACUAACUAUACGAACAGGAUUUCGGUUAUUCUAUUUAUUGAGUUAUUGAUGAAACAGUGGUAAAUGGUCAUUGCAUUGAAAUUCCUGAUGAGAAACACUCUCAUGUGUGACUAUUUUUGCAACCCAGUAAGACCUUAGUAAGACCUUAAAACAUGGGUUACUCACCUGUUCAGGUUGGUGCUGUGUUUAAAUGUUAAAGCUAAAAGGUGGGAGGUUUUCUUUUUUCUUAAAUUUUUACUAUAAGACUGUUAUUAGCCUUUUAUGUUUUGUUAAAAAAUGCAUUUAUGAAUAUUUAAAGAGUUUGACUGCUUUGGCUUUAGUUGUUAUGCAUAUUUAUGAUUUGCUCUUGAUGUUGUCAGAUUUUAGGUAUUGGAACUUUUUCCAUUGCAAUUAGUAAAUUUGACCUUUUAUUGAUUAAACAGUCCCCAUGAAAUUCUAAAAAAAUAAGUUAUUUGGUUUAAAUUAUCUUAGGAAAUCCUGUAAUUAUAUAUCUUAAGGCUGUAAGGAUUUAAAGUACUUUGCUUUGCAGUUUAGUCCUGUUAAAAAGAUUAUACAGAACUAUCCAUUUUGGUGAUUUUAAGUCUGCAAGGCUUUAAUGCUAAAAGAAACAAUUUAUGUAUUUUUUCCCCUUUUUUUUCUUCGCCCAUAUGAAUCAGGUUGAAAACGCCUCAAUUAGUAACUGCUUUACAGCAAAUGUUGACCAAUCAGGGCUGUCUGGUCUUUUAAGGAAAGGAGGCUUUUAAAAAAUAAAAGUAAGAAAAUAGCAUCAUGAAAAACAUAUCAGGGGAUAAUACUGUCAUGUAUCAAUUUUUUUUCUUUUAUAUUAAAGCAUGUAAAAAAUUUAGGCAAAUAAAUUCAUGAAUAUCAAAAAUGAACAUCAGAAAUAUGGUCUUUCGUUAAAAUUUAAAAAUGAGUGACAGAAUAAAAGUGUUUGGACAUAAA